ACACCGCGCCGCUGCCCUCUCCCUCUCUGCCCGCACUCCAACAUAGCCUUCCUCGUCUUUCACCGCGUUCCGUUGCUUGUCGUUCGAUCUUUCUGCCCUUCACACCAUGUUCAAAAAAUUCUCCUUUGAGGAUAUAUCUGCACAAAACCAAGUGAAGGCAUCCGUACAAAGGAAGAUUCGUCAAAGCAUUGCUGAUGAGUACCCUGGUUUUGAACCUUUAUUAGAUGACAUACUGCCAAAAAAGGCACCACUGAUUGUUGCAAAAUGUCAGAAUCAUCUCAAUCUUGUGCUGGUGAAUAGUGUACCACUUUUUUUCAACAUUCGUGAUGGACCUUAUAUGCCAACAUUGAGGCUUCUUCAUCAAUAUCCACACAUAAUGAAGAAGUUUCAAGUAGAUAGAGGUGCUAUCAAAUUCGUCCUGUCAGGUGCAAACAUAAUGUGUCCUGGUCUCACAUCCCCUGGUGGUGCAUUGGAUGAGGAAGUAUUGGAGGAAACCCCUGUGGCAAUAAUGGCUGAAGGAAAGCAACAUGCAUUGGCUAUUGGGUAUACAAAAUUGUCAGCAAAAGACAUAAAGACUAUCAACAAGGGUAUUGCAGUUGAUAAUAUGCACUAUCUGAAUGAUGGCCUUUGGAAGAUGGAACGUUUGGAAUGAAGGAAAUGACUCGAAUUAUGUUUCCAGUCACAAAAAUCCAGGCAAACUUUUUAUUCUAGCUUGUAACUUUCUCCCCCAAUAGCCAAAGUAAUCAAUCACUUCAUCAAAUCUAAAUAGUGUACAUUGUAGAAGCAACUUGCAGCUCUAAAGGGAGGGAGGGAGGGAGGGUGUUGGAAGCUACUUGUAGCAGCUUAGUACUAGAGAGUGUUUUGAAUAUAUUAGUCAAUCAUUAGCAUGUAACUUUUUAUAAGACCGAAUUGUAGAUUUAUUGUCACUUUUAUUUCUAGUAUUUGGAGACAUGCACCUAAAAUAAUUUUCUUUGUAGCCUUUGGUCUGGCUGAUCUUGGCUAACCGAGAGUGGGGAUAGAGCUUUUCUUUAUUUA